AUGGAGAACUCAGCCUCGAAAGCCAGAGGCGCCAUGGAAUCAAGCGACCCGCUACCUAUCAAAACAAAUGACCUUACCGCCUCAUGGUUCACCAAGAUCUUUGAGAGACAGGUCAAGGAGGCCGACGUCAUUGAGACUAUUCACGGAACAGCAUCUAAGGCCUUGGUGAGGUUGACUUUCGCCGACGAUACCACUAAGAGAGUGUACGUCAAAGGUGGUCUGAACCCGGCCGUCAAAUCGACUUUGCACUUCAUGCUGGCCGUCUAUCGACUGGAAGCCGAAUUCUAUUACUACCUGGCACCCAAGUUAACUAUGUCUCUCCCAAGUGCAAUAUAUGCUGGCACCGAUACUGUCCGUGGACAAGGGAUUGUGGUUUUCGAAGACCUGACGGCACAAGGAUUAACGUUUGGAAACCCUUUAGAGACAUGGCCAGUCAGUCGAGUCGAGGCGGGUGUCAAGCAAUUAGCGGCACUGCAUGCCGGUACUUGGGGUAACAAAGGCGAGGAUCUUCCAUCUCUCAGCAAGGCAUUAUUCAUGGAAGAUGCUGUGAAGAGUCUAUUAAGUCCAGAGGAAUGGGAUAAGCGCUUUUAUCCAGACACAAGACCACCUGUACCAGUGCACCUGGAAGACCAAGAGCGCAUUAUGUCAGCUUUUGAGAUCCUUUGGGGUUCAGAGACCAAGACGAAUUGCCUCAUUCAUGGCCAUGCGCAUAUCGGUAACACGUUCAUCUCACCAACUGGGGAACCUGGAUUUCUUGACUGGCAGGUUAUCCAUCCUGGAUCAGCCAUGACCGAUGUGGCUUAUUUCAUUAUUGGCGCACUAUCAAUUGAUGAUCGACGACUUCAUGAGAAGGGGCUGUUACAGGUUUAUCUGGAGGCUUUGCAUGACGAAGGAGGACCUGAGAUACUGUUGGAAGAUGUCUGGGGCGAAUAUCGAAGACAGGCGUUCCAUGGUUUUGCGUGGGCUGUGGCUGGGCCGAUGGUGCGAAGUCGUGAGAUAAUCGAUGCCAUGACAGAAAGGCACUGUGCAGCGAUUGUGGACCACAAAAGCAUCGAGUUAUUAGAGGGUUCAGUUGAAGUAUAA